CAUAGAUCUACAAACAUCAACAAAUUGUGCAGUCCCUACCCCUUCACUUUUGUGUUGGGUGAUCAAGCGUCAUUGCUCAAACAAGCCACACAUGCAAAUGCCAGCUGCAAGGCAAGGUAGGUCGUGGUGAUUUCCACGACCAUGCCCAUGCCAUGAAUAAUGUGUUUCAGAAUGGAGAGUGCAGAGGAUGACAGUAGUCAGGUAGAAGAUGCAGUCAUGCAACCAGAGCAUGUAUCCCAGUCGGCACAGGACACCGUAGAGGAAUCUGAAACUAGCAACAAGGAGGCUACCCAACCUAUUGCUUCUGCAACAACAGGGGCUGAUGCUGACAGCAAAGAAUCUACGGCUGGUGAUGGCGCUGCUACAUCUAGCACUGAAUUAGAUGAAGUUACAUCCAGUAAAGCAAUGGAUGAAGAGACAGAUGCUGGUGAAACCAGAAAUACCUUAGACGGUGAAAUGGAGACACAGGCAUCUGGAAUAGAUGAAACGGUCAGUGAUCUCUUUGAUGAAGAAACAGAAUCUGUGCUGAAAACCAUCCAGAUCUUUGAAUUCUGUGGAGAGGACUUGGUUCAAAAGGAUCACAUUGAAUUCCAUGGGCUCGGAGGUGGAGGUUCUGAUGAGGACGAAGAUCUAGGAUCUGGCAUAGAAAGUGAUGCGACAGAUGACUUUGAUGAGGACAAUCCUUUUCGCUGCAGUUUCUGCAAGAAAUCCUUUGGUUAUAAGAGUAACCUAGUGCGCCAUGAAAAGACUCAUUCAGGGGAUAAAUCGUUUAUCUGCAUGCAUUGUGGUAAGGCCUUUACCUUGCAGUCCUAUCUGCAGCAGCAUGAGCGUGUCCACCGCAGUAAUAAGGACAAACCUUUUAUUUGUUAUCAGUGUGGCAAAUGCUACAGCGAUCGUUGGAUGCUGAGAAAGCAUGAGCAGACGCAUGAAGAUAAUCCAGAUGAUGGACCUGGUGCAUAUAAAUGCCAGUAUUGUGAUCGGACUUUUGAUCGCAUUCGAAAUGUAAGGCGACACGAGAGGUCCCAUAAUGAAGGAGAACAAGAUACCAAUGCAUAUGAGUGCCCGGUGUGCCACAAGUUUUUUUCAACAAUGAGUAACUUUAAGCGUCAUCAGACCACCCAUACAGAGGAGAAACCCUACACCUGCAUGCACUGUAACAAAUCAUUUGCCUUACUUCACUAUUUGAAGCAGCACUUCAAGACUCAUGUUGAUGAAAAAGAUAAGCCUAGGCACAUGUGCUCAUAUUGUGGAAAGGUCUUCAGUGAGAAUUGGUACCUGCGCAAACAUGAGUUGACACAUACUGAUGACCCAGAGUUCAAGUGCAAGUCCUGCAACAAGGUGUUCUCUUGCAUCAGCAACUUCAAACGUCAUGCUCGAGUUCAUUCUGGGGAAAAACCAUUCGUUUGUCAGUACUGUGGACGUGCCUUCUCUGAGAGUGGGACACUCCGUCGUCAUGAGCGUACCCACACUGGUAAUAAGCCAUUCGUCUGUACUUACUGUGGACGUACUUUCACAGUUAGUCAUGCCAUGAAACGCCACGAGCGCACACACUUCGAUGACAAGCCCUUUCGAUGUAAUAUUUGUGACCGUACAUACACUGACAACAGUGCCCUUCUUCGUCACGAGCGCACACAUGCGGAUGACAAGAGGGAGACUCUUAUUGCCACUACAACGCUUGAAGAUGCCGGUGACUUGAUGCCGGUCACUCAAGUGGUUCGGAUCGUCCAGAUGUCCAGUAGUCAGGAUGUCCAGGAGAUGGCUGCAGCAGCGGCUCAAGAGAGUCAUGGUCAAGUCGUCUCUCAAUCCUCUGAAGGUGCAGAGUAUCAGGUUAUUGAGCAGGUCUACCAAGCAUCCAGCAGUGGUAUUGCACCCAUCUCAGUACAAACUGUUUAUGAUUCAGCAGGACUAACAAACUACUUGACUUCCCAGUGAUCUGUUAGUAUCACAUACUGUAUAUGUGCAUGUAGUUCCAUGAACAACUCUAUCUAUUUUUGUACAAAAAUGUUUUAUUCUGAAGUUGUAAAGCGUUGUUGUAGACAGGACACAUCAUACAUUAGUGGGUUAAAGUUAAACUUUACAUUUAUUGCUGUAUAUAUUUCUAUGAAUUGUUUAUUUAUAUUCAUCUGCACUGUCGGCCAGUACCUACACAAUGUACAUGUAUGUGUUAUAAUAGAAAGAGAUUACGGUACAUCUUUCUCAAUGGAUUCCUGAUUUGGGGCUUGUAUAUACGGUAAUAUAGUAGUGAGAAGAAAAAAAUGCCAAAGUCCAAAGAUUGAAAAGAAUGUUAUUGAUUAACACAUACAUGUAUGUUACCCAUAAUGUUAUAAAUGAAUAUCUUAAAAAUAGUUCAGAAAUCAAAAUGUACUGUAUGUUUGUAAGAGACUAGAAAUUUUUAUGUCACACAUAUUCAAAUAGAUGAUAGUUUUCCCAUAUUAAUUCAGUGACAAUUUUUUUCCAUUCAAGAUGCCCAUCUAGUAUUCUUUAUUUCAAACAUUCAUACUAACGUCGCUUCUGAUAUUUGAAUGCCUGUUCAGAAAAAUGCGUUUAUUUGGUUAACUCUGCAUAUUAACUUGAAGUCACACGAGUUCAGUUCCUCUUAGUGGAAUGUUUUUUUGUAGUAAUAACUGGUUUGACUUACAAAUGUAGAGUUAAAUGUAUGACUUGUUUGAUAAGGAAAGAAGAAUGCUAGAAACAUAAGUUGGUGCAGUUUUAUUUUUUCUUCUUAAAUUUUCACCUUUUAGAAAACUAGGGAUUAAGUCUGCAAAUUCACCACUGACAUUGUUAGUGUUUUCUUCCAUAUAUGCAUGUACACAUGAAGCCUCUGACAAAAAAGUAAUUUAAAGUGAAUGUACAGUACAGUGUAGUGAAUAAUAGUGAUUAUAAAAAAAAGUUUUGCCCAAACUUUUCCUUAGAGCUUCAAUUUUGUGUAGCAUUAGUCUGCUUUCUUAAGCUACACGUCAUGCUACCGCAAUAGUAACCGCAUACAUAAAAAAGGGCAAAAUACUUUUCGCCAUUGAUAUUUUGAUGAUGUAAUUACUUGCUUAUAAAUUAAACAAUGUAUUUGGUCUGAAUUUGAAUUGAAA